AUGGUCGCGUUUCUGCAGAAAGAAGCAAUAGCAGCCGGAGACCAAUUUCAGGUGCCCAUCGCACUGGCCAGUUUUGAAGAAGCAGCACGCCAGCACAGUAUUCCUUUAAAGAGCCUUUGUUUGAUGAAUGGGACUCAUGCGUUCCGAAUUUGGGAUGCUUAUCUUGUCCUCGUGCGGCCUGAUGGAUUUUCAGCGUGGCGCUCAGAUAGUCUGGACAAGGUGCACAAUGCAUCACAAGUGUUGCUUCAAGCAACAGGCCAUACUUCACCUUUGUAA